AUGGCAUUACUGAGAUCAGGAUCUGUGGAUGUUGCAAAGACGGUCCCGGACACCAUCACUAAAUGGGCAGCAGGGGCCUUCUGCACAUCCCCUGUCGGGUUUGGAGUGGCCCCCAAGACUAAUCUCACUGCUUUCAAGCCCUUCUUUGUGAGCCUUGCCCUCCCUUACUCUGUUAUCCGUGAGGAGACGUUCACUCUCAAAGCCACUGUAUUCAACUACCUCCCCAAAUGUAUCAUGGUGAAGGUCACGCUGGUAAACUCAGCGCAGUUCACAGCUCAGCCAUGCAAAGGCUGCACUUACACUCAGUGUGUUUGCUCUGAAGAGAGCCAAACCUUCCAGUGGAUUGUUACACCCUCUGUCCUGGACCGUCCACAGGACACAUCAGUUUCUCUCACUCUACCCAAAGUGUUUGUCAAGGAUUCUGCAAAAAGCUUUAUCACUGUUCUGGGUGAUCUGAUGAGUAGUGCUCUGAGGAACAUCGGUGAUCUGUUGGCUAUGCCGUACGGUUGUGGAGAGCAGAACAUGCUGCUUUUUGCCCCCAAUAUCUACAUCCUUCAAUACCUGGAGAGCAGCGGGCAGCUCACUCCUCAGAUAAAAGACAGAGCCAUAACCUUCCUGGAGAGCGGCUAUCAGAGAGAGCUGACAUACAUGCAUGAUGAUGGAUCCUACAGCGCUUUUGGCAGGAAUGAUCCUUCUGGUAACACCUGGCUAACUGCAUUUGUGAUGAAGAGUUUUAGUGGGGCAAGGAAUUAUACAUUUAUAGAUCAGACUAACAUCGAUCAGGCAAAGGAAUGGCUGGGUCAACAGCAACAGGACAACGGCUGCUUCGCCUCUGUUGGGACACUCUACGAUAUUGGAAUGAUGGGUGGUGUCAGCGAUGAAGUCACUCUCUCUGCAUACAUCACUGCAGCGCUGCUGGAGUUAGGCGUCCCGAAAACUGAUCCCAUGGUGUCAAAAAGCCUUAAAUGUCUGAAGGAAUCUUCCAAUAACAUCGCCAACACUUAUGCGACUGCUUUGCUGUCCUACACAUUCACUCUUGCUGGAGAUGAACAGAUGAGACGGAGCCUCCUCUCCAACCUGGACCAGCAGGCCAAGAGAGAAGGUGUUGGACGAUACUGGACUCUGGAUAAUAAUGCGCAACCAUGGGGCUCUGUGGAGGUAGAGAUGUGUGCCUAUGUGUUGCUGGCGCUACUCUCGGGACCCACACUCCCUGGAUUUGGACUGAACUACUCUGCUGGCAUAGUGCACUGGUUAACCAAGAAGCAGAAUGCGUAUGGAGGCUUCUCCUCUACACAGGAUACUGUUGUAGCACUCCAGGCCCUUGCUAAGUACAGUGCUGCCACCUACAAUCCAGAAGGAUCCAUUACCGUAACCAUGACCUCCCCCUCAGGCCAGAGGAACCAGUUCACUGUGAACCGGAACAACCGGCUGCUUUACCAGGAGAAACAGCUGCAGGAAGCUACUGGCACAUACAAGCUGAGGACAGAAGGCAAAGGCUGUGUGUUUGUGCAGUUUGCAUUGCACUACAAUAUCCCACCUCCUCCAGACUCUUUGGCCUUCAAAAUCAAAUCAAAUCCUGGGGUUUGCAGCAACACAAAGACCCCAGCUUUUACACUAACCACUACUGUAAGGUAUAACGGCACACGAGCGGAGACCAGCAUGGUGAUCAUUAACGUCAGGCUGCUGUCGGGGUUUAGGCCAGAUGAGACGUCUCUGCAGUCUCUGAGGGAAGACCCCACAAUCAAACGUCUGGAUCUGGAUGAGGAUCAUGUCAUUUUCUAUUUGGAUAGUUUGAAAAACAAUCAGGAGAAGUCCAUCAGCCUGAAGCUCAUGCAGGACGUACCAGUGCAGAACCUGAAACCAGCUGUAGUGACCGUAUAUGACUACUACAAGAUCAGUGAAUUGUCUGUGAUUGACUACACCUCCCCAUGUGCAUAAACACUACUGCGAUGAUCUGAAGUGCUAAUGGCUGAGGUAUUGUACACUGGAAUAUAUGGCGAGACAGAUUUAAUACUGACACUUUUCCUGUUUUUCUAUCACUUUAUUGUAAUAAAAUCUUAUUGUUUUCCUAAA